AUGGCGCCGGCACGAGGUAGAGGAAAAGGAGACUGGAAGAGAAAUGGAGGAGGAGGAGGGGGGGGGGGAGGGGGAGGGAAAGGUUCACGCUACCAGCGGCAGCAGAGCAAAGGAGGAGGAGGAUCGGGCGGCAAAAGAAGCUACGCGGACUCGAGCCAGGCGGCAAGGCUCAGCGGCGGCGGCAGGAAGGAGAGCGCGGUGAAGGCCGCCCUCCGAGAGCAGGGGGAUGCGUUGGACAAGAGAUUCGGGUACGAUCGGUACUCAGAGGGCCCGCCGAGACUAGGGUGGAUCUUCAACAUGCUGCCGACGUCCAUUCCUGACGCCUCCGGCAACGAGAAGAGCGGGCUGGACAUGUACUUUCUGGAGCAAGAUGGCGGCACCUUCAAGGCUACGGUUUUCUACAAGCCGUACUUUUACGUGUUGGUGAAGGAGGAGCGGUACAUCCAGGACUGCAUCCAGUGCAUACGGCGGCGGUUCGAGGACUCAGCGGUGGAGGUUACGGUGGUGGACAAGGAGGACCUCGACAUGCCCAACCACCUCUCGGGAAAGCUGAGAAGGUUCCUCAAGCUAAGCUUCCACAGCGUGGCGGACCUGAUGGAGGUGAAGCGGGCCCUGAUGCCGACGAUCCAGGCCAACAAGACCAGGGCCGAGGCGCAGGACGCCUACAUGCACGCCGAGGCGCGGGAGCAGCAGCCGAGCGACUUCCUGUCGGUGCUGGUGGACGCGAGGGAGUACGAUGUGCCGUACUACGUGCGGUGCUCCAUUGACCUGGACAUCAGAGUGGGAGCAUGGUACAUGGUCACGCCGCAGGAGGAGGGGGUGGAUGUGGCUUGGCAGAAAGAGAUGGUGGACAAAGCCGAGCCUAAGGUUCUCGCGUACGAUAUCGAGUGUACAAAGGCUCCGCUCAAGUUUCCCAACGUGGAAAUAGACCAGGUUUUCAUGAUCUCGUACAUGGUGGACGGGCAGGGGUACCUCAUCAUCAGCCGGGAGGUGGUUAGCGAGGAUGUGGAGAACUUCGAGUACACCCCGAAGCCGUCGUUCCCGGGACCGUUCCACAUCUUCAACGAGCCCAACGAGGAGGCGGUGAUCCGAAGGUUCUUCAAGCACGUGGCGGAGCUCCGCCCGCAGAUCAUCGUCACCUACAACGGGGACUUCUUCGACUGGCCCUUCGUUGACGAGAGGGCCAAGGGCUACGGAUUGGACAUGGAGAAGGAGAUCGGCGUGGGGCUGCAGGCCAACGGGGAGUACCGCGGCCGCUGCGUGGCGCACAUGGAUGCCAUCUACUGGGUGAAGCGGGACUCUUACCUGCCACAAGGCUCUCACGGUCUCAAGGCCGUCACCAAGUAUAAACUAGGGUACGACCCCGUGGAGGUGGACCCGGAGGACAUGGUGAGGUACGCGUCGGAGAGGCCUACGGAGAUGGCGGCCUACUCCGUCUCCGACGCCGUGGCCACCUACUACCUCUACCAGACCUACGUGCACAUGUUCGUCUUCAGCCUGUGCACCAUCAUCCCGAUGGGGCCGGACGAUGUGCUGCGGAAGGGAUCCGGAACGCUUUGCGAGGCGCUUUUGAUGGUGGAGGCCUACCGGGGAAACAUCGUGUGUCCGAACAAGCACUCCGAGCCUUUGACGAAGUUCCACGACGGCCACCUGGUUGAGUCGGAGACGUACAUCGGGGGCCACGUGGAAUGCCUAGAGACGGGAGUCUUCAGGAGCGAUCUCCCGGAGAAGUUCAGGCUGGUGCCGAGCGCGCUUCAGGCGCUGAUCGACAACGUCGACCGAGACCUGACGUUCGCCAUCGAGGUCGAGAGCGGGGUACAGCGCGACACUGUCAGCAACUACGACGAGGUGCGCAGCGAGAUCAUCGAGCAGCUAGAGAUGCUGAGAGACAGCCCUCUCCGCGAGGAGGAGCCGUUCAUCUACCACCUCGACGUAGCCGCCAUGUACCCCAACAUCAUCCUCUCCAACCGGCUGCAGCCGGGAGCCAUAGUCAACAAGGCGAUGUGUGCGUCGUGCGACUUCAACCAAGACAGCAACAACUGCAAGCGGUCGCUCACUUGGAAGUGGAGGGGUGAUAUGACCCCCGCUUCGAGGACCGAGUACCAGAGCGUGAAGAUGCAGCUAACCUACGAGAACGUGGAUGGGAAGCCCUUCGUCGAACUAGACGAGGCGGACCAGGCGACGAACGUUCGAGCACGGCUGAAGAACUACGCCCACAAGGUCUACAAGAAAACCAAGAUCACGAAGGAGGAAGAGCGAGUGGAUACGGUGUGUAUGCGGGAGAACCCGUUCUACGUGAACACCGUCCGGGCUUUCCGCGACCGCCGCUACGACUACAAGAUCCUGACGAAGAAGGCUAAGAAGGCCAAGUCGAAGGCGGCCGAGGAGGGGGAUGCCGUCGGCGCCAAGGAGGCCGGGGACAGGGCCCAGGUGUUCGACUCGCUGCAGCUGGCCCACAAGUGCAUCCUUAACUCGUUCUACGGCUACGUGAUGAGGAAGGGCGCCCGCUGGCGUUCGAUGGAGAUGGCAGGCAUUGUUACCUACACGGGGGCGAUGCUCAUCAAGCAGGCCCGCGAGCUGGUUGAGCAGAUCGGGCGUCCUCUGGAGCUGGACACGGACGGGAUCUGGUGCAUCCUGCCCUCCUCUUUCCCGGAGAACUUUACCUUCACGACGAAAUCCGGAGGAAAGAUCCGGAUCUCGUACCCCUGCGUGAUGCUCAACGCGGAUGUCCACGAGAACUACACCAACCAUCAGUACCAAGACCUCCAAGACCCGGCCACGCGCAAGUACAACACGAAGAGCGAGUGCUCCAUCUUCUUUGAGGUGGACGGGCCCUACAGGUGCAUGGUGCUCCCCUCGUCCACUGAAGAGGGCAAGCUGCUCAAGAAGCGUUACGCGGUGUUCAACCACGACGGUUCUUUGGCAGAGCUCAAGGGUUUCGAACUGAAGCGCAGGGGAGAGCUGGAGGUCAUCAAGGUUUUCCAGUCCCAGGGUACGAGCCAGACAACCGCGCGACGCCUGGCGGACUUCCUGGGAGCCGAGAUGGUCAAGGACAAGGGACUGAACUGCCGCAUGAUCCUCAGCAACCGCCCGCACGGCGCGCCGGUGACGGACAGGGCGGUGCCGACGGCCAUCUUCUCGGCCGAGCCGGCGGUGAAGAAGCACUACCUCCGAAAGUGGCUCAAGGACCCGGCAAUGGAAGACUUCGACAUCCGCUCUAUUCUGGACUGGGACUACUACCUCGACCGCCUCGGCAACUGCAUCCGGAAGAUCAUCACCAUCCCCGCCGCCAUGCAGAAGGUGGAAAACCCCUGCCCUCGGGUAAAACACCCCGACUGGCUGCGGAAGAUCGUGAGGGAGAUCAACGACGGGUACCGGCAAACGAAGAUCGACCAGCUCUUCAAGGCGGCCCCUCCCGGGACACCCCAGCUCACCAAUGCCGGGGCGUCGACCAAGGCCAAACCAACCCCCGCGCCGGCCGCCACCGACAUCGAAGACAUGGCGGGCGGCGGCGGCGGCGGCGGCGGCGCGGCGGGGCGCAGCAUCCUCGGAGCCCGCGCCCGCGUCACCAAGCGCAUCGGCAACGGGGCCGCCGCCGGCGGUGCCCUCGCCCCUGACGGGAGUCCCGGGAAAGAGAACGCUGACGUCGGGGGGGGUGGGCAGGAGGAGGAAGAGGAGGAGGAGGAGGAGGCCGUCCCGAUUCGGAGGGAGGAUGACUUCCAGGGGUGGCUGGCGCAGCAGAAGGCCGGGUGGAAGAAGCGUCGGGAGCAGAACAGGCUCAAGCGGAGGACGGAGGCGAGGUCACAGGCAAUGGCCUCGUUCAGGGGAAGUGGCAGCUCCGGCGCACGGGGCGGUACCGCCGGGCUGGGAGCAGCGGGGGCGGCGGAGAAGCGGCGGCGGACGGCCGCCAUGGGGAAGUCGGGGCUUCAGGGCUACCUGACCUCGGCCCAAGACGCUCUCUUGCGUGGCUUCUGGCAGGUGGUGGAGAUCCGGCCAAGCGACAACCCGGGAUCGUUCACGGUCUUCGCUAUGACAGGCCCGGGAGAGCUCCAGGUAAUCCCCAUCACCAUACCCCGGGUGUUCUACGUCAACUGCCUCGAAGACAAGGGCCCCGCAGGCUCUUCGGCCAUGGGACGCCGGGUGGCCCGAACCCUUCCCAAUGGACAUGGCUCGCCCUUUCUCUACGAGGUGGCCAUGGACGAGGCAAAGUUCCAGCGCAACGAGAAGCAGCCGGUCGCCCCGGUGGUCUAGUUGGAUCCUCGAAACCUUCUAGAGGUCAGGUCAGGGGUUCGAAUCCCGGCGUAAGCGAGCUUUUCUUGCAAAGUGAGUUUUUCUCUCGCUUCCGCUCCUGGCCUAGUGGAUAGCGCUAGUUCGUGUGUACACAGAGGGAAGAGAGUGCUGAACUCUUCUCGCAUUAAUAAUCGAAGGCAAAGUACCGCAGGAGGGGAGGGUAGAGCGGGGCUCUUCUGUGUGACCACGGGUUGGAGUAAACGGCACUAUUAUAGUGCUGUGAGCGCUGAUUUGAAGUGAAAAAAAAAAAAAAACA